UAACAAAAACAUCGGAGCGGCUCGGUCACAUGUAGCGCGCCCAGCCGCAGCACGAGCGCGGAGCCGCGAGGAACGAGGAAGUCAGUCGAGCCGUCGGCGUCCAGGAACAAGCAGCAGCGGUGCGUCCGGCUCCCGUUCCCGGCUCCCUCCGCCACCUCACCCGCCACCUAUGGUUCUCCUCCGGCACAUCUCCAUCGCCCUGACCGCCGCCGUGGCUGCCCUCGGCUCCGCGCUCUUCAUCGCGCUGAACUACUUCUACAAGAGGCGGAUAUGGUCCCCGCAGGCGGAGUACUGCACCAUCAAAGAGGAGGAAGAGGAGCGUGGGAAGCGCCAGGUCCUGGUACUCGGUCUGGACGGGGCCGGGAAGAGCAGCAUGCUACAGGGUUUGACCCCCGGGGAUUCAGCGGCUAAGAGAGGCCGGUGCCGGCCCACCCGCGGCUUCAACUUUAUGAGUCUCAACGCCCCCGCCUGUCAGCUCGACUUCCUGGAGAUUGGUGGUGGUGAGGAUCUGCGGCGCUACUGGUCAGAUUACCUGAGACGGACUCACGUUCUGGUGUACGUGGUGGACUCGUCUGACAGAAGCCGCCUCCCUUUGGCUAAAGCUGAACUGCACCGCCUCCUGAGGGUGGAGCCCCAGCUGCCUGUGGUCGUCCUGGGAAACAAGCAGGAUAAGCCGAACGCUGUGAGUGUGUCGGAGCUCCAUGAAGCCUUGUCUCUGGGCUCCGUGACCGAGGACAGAAAGCUGUUUCUCUUGGCUGCCCAGCUGGACUCUGAUGGAGCCCUGAGGAAGUCCUGCAAGUGCCUGGAUGCAGUCCAGGACCUGCUGCUCCAGCUAGUCUGAUCAAGGAUCCCUCCCACAGAGCAGAAGAGGAGGCAUGGAAGCAAAGGGGUGGCUUGAGGACACCCUCCUCCUCCUCCUCUCUGGUUUUCUUGUUUAAGCUGAGAGGCAGAGGAGGACGGCGGGAGAGUGAAAAGAUGCCAAAACGGAGUGCUGUUUUUUUCAGUACCUCUUCUCCUUUUUUUUAUUAGUUGGCUUUAGAAACAGUAACUUCUCAAGUAUCUUACACUUUCCCUCCAACUCAUCUGUUCUUGCUCAGUGAAGAAGAGGAAGUGCAGACUGAGGAGGAUGAAGACAGAAGGUGGCCCUGAAGUGACUCAGAUCUUACAGAGAUCACCUUCUGCUGCUGACUCAGACUCUUAUUUAAUGUUGGCCUGUUACAGGUUUAUUUAAGCAUGUAGUUUGCGUGUAUAUAAAAUGUGUGCUGUUGGGUGUCAGGUUUGUAGAAACAGAUUUUUGUCAGGUUUUCAUGUUUUGUGAAAUGUUUUUGUGUAAAGUCAGAUCAGGGCGUUGGCCGAGCAGAACGGUUGGCAUUUGGGGAUUAGCUGAGUUUGCGUCAGAGGAUGACUUCUGCACUGCAGCUUCUCUGAGAUCUAGUGGAAUAUCGUGUGGAAAUUCAAAGGGAAGUCCGAGACUUAAAAAAAAAAGAAAGAAAGAAAAAAAUGCAGCAUGUUUUACUUCUUGCAGGUAUUGUCAUUAUUGGGGGAACAAAGAUUGGAGACUCCAAAGGUCGUAAAGUAAAAAUAACUCCUUGCUUAUCAAACAGUUCGUCGUUUCCUAGGAAACACUUUGAACAAAACGAUGUACAGACACUGGGCGUUAGCUGCUUUUCAUUGUUAGCUUAUCAGGCUAACAAAAAUGAACAGCUACUCUUUUUUUUUUUCUCUUUCUCUAAACUGUGGCCGAAAGCCUACGUAUUCAAAUACUUCAUGUUUGAGGUGUGCUUUAAUUACUUUAAUACAGAUACUUAAUGUGGCUGCUGUACUUUAAAAUAAGUGAAAACAAGCAGUAGUCAUACAUUUGAUUAGUCGGCACAACGUUAGCUAAUCUAGUUCUACUACUGGCAGCUGCAGUAUAAAAAAACCUGUGUGCAUAUUAAUCAAUGAUAAAUCCAUGCACUACCAAAAUAAUGUCACGCUAACGCCAUAAUGAAUUACAGAUGUUUACGUUUUCGGUACAAACUUAAUGAUCUGUCAACUUGGGAGAAGAAGAAACAUUCAAAAGUCACGAAUCCUUUUAUUGCAGUUCUUCCAGCUCGGUCUUACAACAAAGUGGAAAAAAGUUGUCAAAAAAAAAGUUCAUGUUAAUGGGAUCGAAUUGUCAAUUGUUUUUGAAACAGCACGACUUUGUAAGUAUAUUUAGUGUCUGGAGCAUGAAUCAGCUUUAUAAGACGUGGCACCAUGAUGGUUUAAACCUAACCCAGUGUUUUAAAUUCAACCAAUUUUAGAUAUUUGAAAUGUGACCUCUGAAAUAAUGAAUUCUACAUUCAGAACAAGGUGAUGGCGGACUUUGUGGCUCUGUAAAAAUGGAAAAUAUGAACUGUAUGUACACAGAUAUGAAUCUGUACACAUGAGACUGGAUGGAUAAAACAAAAAAGACACAGUUGGGACUUUGUGUUCAGGAAGGUGAAGAAAAACAAAUCAACUUAUUUGUGUUCCCAAUACAGUUUAAUAUAAUGGCUGUGAGUAUUUUAAAAACUCCUGUGAAACUGCAACUGGUUGUUUUUAAAAAUGUGUUUAUGGUCAUAAAAGUCUUACUGAAGAAACAACACAAUGGACUGCUGUGACAUGGUCGUGAAAUACUGUUUAUGUCGUGCAUUUGCCUGACAAACUUUUUGUCUCUUUUUCUGAAGAGAUAAGUGUCUCAGAUGGGGACAUCACUGCUUCAGAGAAAUUGGGCUUUUAGGUCAAUAGAGGCUCUUUGUGAUUUAAGACGUCCCAUUAAUUCAGAAAACAGGGCAAUUGAUUUUGUGAACUGAACCCAUCAUGCUUCUGUAAACCCUCAAACAAUUUCUUGAAAAAUGCCAAGUUGUCUACCCUCAGAUUCUCUAGUUUUGGGCAGUAAUAGUCAGCAGUGGAUCUAAAAUCAAUUCUUCGUCUUUAUUUUGCCCGUGCAGUCUGGACGUCAUCCCAUUUAUAAGCUCAUACUUCCAGUCCCAUUUCAGUAGCUGCGUAGAAAUCAGUUAUCCCAUAAACUACACGUCUUUGAAUGUGUAAAUGCAGUAUUUGACUUUUAAGCUCUGUGUAAGAUAAAAUGGAAUUAGCUAGAUCUUUAAAUGCUGUAUGUGUGCAGCAAUGUUCGCUUCCGAUGCACAGUUUUACUUUUUAAUGAAUGUGAAGUUUUAUUCCUUGUGAUGUACUUCAGAAAUGUUUUCACUUUAAAGUUGAGUGGAUUUGCUGUUUGAACAGUUUUAUAACCAGUCACUGCGUUUCCUGUUUUAUGUGUUCUGUUAGAUAUACAUUCAUGCAUGUCUACAUGGUUUUUUAUCACCAAACCUGAAGGGGACCUAUUCAGUUCAUUUCCAGCUCAGUGGGUUUAUUCUUGAAUUCUACUAGAGUUGCUUUGCAUGAUUUACGGUUUAAAAUAAUGCUUAUUAAUCUAAUUACUGGCUGUUAGUCCAACUUGAGAGAUGUUUUAGUUCCCUUCCCUAUCACUUUUCAAUCCAACUUUAGUCUGAAAAUGUGGUUCCCUGGAGAGCCAGGUGGGCGGAGCUUCUGUGCGUAGAAAAAAACUGCUUGAAGCAUGGUGACUCUUAGAGCAGUCUGAAGCCUGAACUUUUGACUCACGUGUUUAAUAUGCAGAUCCACCUUUGUAAAUGUUGUGACAAAAUGUGGAGAAAGAUAAAGAAGACAUAAUCGAGUCAACUCAAACGUCAUUCUUGAAUGGAAAAUUGGUUUAAGUUUGUUUUGCUUGGGUUUUUUUUCCAUGUGAUAAGAGUGACAUAAAGUCUCAUAUUUCUCAAGUAUUUACUUUACUGACUGCUCUGCUGUAAUAAAGACAUACAGGUUUACAUACUUACGUCCUCAUUGGAUUUUUGACUUUGAAAGUUAGUAAAAUAUUUAGAUUUAUUAAGCCAACAAAUGUAGGGUGGAAUAUUGAAAUUGUAGUCCCUGUGGUCACUUCGACUCUUUCUGACUAUAAACAAAAAUAAAAGUUCUUGGCAUGUAUUAACUUAGUGUCACAGCUGUUAACAAAGUCUGGGAGACUGUCUUAAUUUGAACCAUUCGGACUAAUAAACUACAGGUCAAAAGAACAACUGCUGUAUGUAGAAGUAUGAAAAAGGAGCAAUGACAAGAGUUGUUUAUGAUGUUAAAAGAACGAACAUUUGUUAAUAGGAAAAGUGCUCAGCUUUAAAACUUACUUUGGCUUCUGUCAUUUCUGGAGUGCAGCGCCCCAUAAGACUUACCAAAAAUAAGACUUCUAAGAGGCCACGCCCAUUCUGAAGACAUGAUUUUGUAGAAGCUGGAGAAGGAGACAUUGACAGGAUCGCCUCGUCAUCACACUGUGAGAUUCAGUCAGCGAGCUUGGUAAUUCACAUACACCUCUGUAGGACUGUAGUCCAAAAUCUACCAUAGAUGUGCAGUUUCACUGCAGUUUUUACUCACGUAUUGGACUAACGGACAAGCAUGAUGUUCUUCAAGGCAACUGCCAGUGACUAUCCAAGCAACAGCCUCCAGCACUUCCACUUAAGGCAGCAGUUCUUCCCCAUCUUGGAAUGGGCAACCAUCCUUUGAUGGCUGAGAGCCAUGGUCUCUUUGUCAUAACAAUUGUGAUUGUCAGGAUAAGGUGGAUUAGUCUCUGCUCCUACGUUACCUCCAUCUUACCGACAUGUAUACUUGGGACCCCAUGAAUAAUUUACCAUAAGAAAAGAAAUGGCAACACUGUUUUUCUUCCUUAAAGCAUUAUUAGUUUUGUCAUUAAUGCCAUCUAAAGAAAAAAUGCUUAUUUUACUACUACAAAGGUAUAACUUGUACUAAACUUUUC